AUGUCGUCGCAGAGCGAACCUUCCACCGCGGGUCAGGAGGAUCCUCAACCAUCUGUUGCUCCAAAUCUUCUCACGAUCCCGUGCGAGAUCCGCGAGCGCAUUCUCGAGUUCUACUGCGAAGAUCUGGAACCAACGUUGACUAUCAACGUGCGACAUGUUCGAGUUGAGGAACAAGUGCGACAAUGUUGCAAGGGCGCUCCCAGAGGCUUUUGUCGUGGCAGGGGCGGCAUACCUGUUGCUCGAGACAAUGAGAGACUUCCACAUGUCGGAACUAGGUCUGAGUGCCAUGCCCUUGGCUUCUCCUUCGCUGGUCGCAAGAAGUCCACUGGCGAUAACGUGGCCAGCCUCGAAAGUGUCAGCAAACAGCUAAGGAGCGAGUUCGCUGAGGUUGCACUUGGGGACCUUGAGCGCGGAGUGACCAUAGACUUCGUGGAUGAUUGCCUGAACUUCAGCGGUCGCCCAUACGACUGGGGAAAGGUUGAUGUGGUGACGGUUGGACAAUUCGGUGGCCACGUCAAGUCAAUUGCCAUCAACCCACGGGCUCUAUUCUGUUGGCGUUGGACUGAUACGCGGUGUCCCAAGAUUGGUGGAAUCAUCUGCGAUCUGUUCCCGAAGCUCACGAGGGCAACGAUGAUGGAUCCGACCAGAGACAACACCGCGUGGCGUGGGCGGCUUCCGCAGAAGUCGAAUGGCUGGUAUGCGCGGGAAGACUUCGAUGCAAUGCGCUUGACUGAGACCCAUGGGCAUAUGAUCGCGACGCCUGGGGUGAGCCGCCUCCGUUCCAUGCUGCGAGUCGAGGGGGGUCGACCUUCGCCGCACUUAUUUGAACAGACAGCUGGGUUCGAACUCAGAUACAAGGUAGGAUUCUAUGAUAGCUACUGGAGUGGUCGCACCGAAAAUGCUCUCAUGAUAUUCGAAGCCAGCCAAUCUCAAGGUGGAAACGUCGAGGCAAGGUUCUCGCUGAAUUAUCCAGCGAUCGAUGCCUACCACGAAGCCGCGCAACACGCUGAGACGACUUACCAUGAAAGAAACGGCUGCACCUCGGCAGAGCACAAAUGCCCUCGAGAGGCAAUAGCCAGCAAUCCGCAAGAUGACGGCGACGAAUAUGGCACGGACGAAGAUGCGGCCGAAGAGAGCGAUUGA